GUUAGGCCUAAUAUACUUCUUGUUUCGUUUUCAUUAAAUUACGUAUUUAUUGGGAAAGUUCUUUUUCGAAAUUCGUAUGCAGCAUUAAGUUGACAGAGGAAAAGUAACAGAAGCUUCUUUACAUGGCAGAGGAUGUUACACUAUAAUUACUCAUCAAAAUACAAUCAUACCUUAUUGAUCCUGGUCUACAUUUAAAACAUAAUGGAUUUUUCUGUUAAGAAACUGACGUUACUCAUACUGGUUGUUGCAACAUGUAUAGAACUAGCACUCCUGCUUUCUAUGGUCAUAUACUGGCGUCUGUCAAGGGAAGAACUUCCAGAAGAUAAAAAACAGCAGCAGCAGCUAUGCUAUCGCUCUGAUCGAUUUCCUACCCAUUCUGAUCACAUAAGUAUCUGCCCUAGAGGCUUAGAGAUGAAUAUGAAAAAUGAUACAAAAACAUGUUGCGGAAACUCGGAUUUAAUCCUGGAUAACUUAGUUACAAAGGCACUCUCUGAAAAAUAUAACAGCGAUGUCAAUCCUGAAUUACCUUCGUUAGAUCUUGAAUUGGACCAGUGCAAUGUCACCAGAAUAAAACCGCCAAUGGUAAAACUCAUUGGACUCGCAGGAGACAUAAAUCCAGUCAAACAGAGUAACUCUUCAAAAAUAUUCUGGAAUUCGAAUAUUCAGACGUAUGCAACAUCCGGUCUGACAUACAAAUCCGAUGAAGGUACAAUUUGUGUAGGAAAGGCAGGAUACUACUUCAUCCACUCGCAAUUAAAAGUCAAAGUUAUCAGCACAAACGAUACAGAUGAUGAUGUCCGUGAUAUCUUCACUCACAACGUUCGUCUGAUUAAAAAGGACACUAGCUCUAUUAUUCUAGAAGAUAGAAAAUCCCAAUGUGAAAUGGCAUCCAAAGAGUCAGAAAUCACGAGCGCUGUUGGUGGCGUCUUCUGGCUUGAACAGAAAGACAGAUUGUACGUUGCAACAUCACACCCCAAACGUAUAGUACAGCGAGAUAAUUGUAUUGUCUUCAGCAUGCACAGUCUGUAAUUGAUUUUGUUACAAAGAUGUUUAGAAUAUUUUUAAAUAAAACCUGGUAAAUUGACUGUCUACUGGAUAAUACACACAAAAUUCUUAAAUGAAAUGAAAUUAAGGAAUUUCGCUCCAACAAAAUGGUCUUGUCAAACUUUAUGAAAUGUAAUGCCAUAAAUCCAGAGAUUUCUUUUUUUCAAGACAUAAUACAAACAUGAGAGUAU